AUGGAUCGGAGCCGCCUUGCCGCCGCUGCACUGCUUGUUGCCGCAGCCACGGCGCUGGCACGUCGCGUGGGGCAGGGCCGAAGAGGACGGCAGAGGAAGACGCGGGUCGCAUUGGUGGACAACGGCUCCUUGAAGCCAGAGGCUACCAAAUCCCUUCGACGCCUUGCAGCGUCGCUGCAGCGCCGUGGGAAUUGGACCGUGGAGGCCGUCUCGGCGCGUUUUGCUGACAAAAUCUCAAAGGACAAGUUGGACGGCAAGCCUGGCGAGGUCCUAGCUCCCUGGUUGAAGCGUGUGGUGGACGAGGAGGGCAACCAAGCGAAGGUUCUCUUGUUACCGCUGCUCAUCGGGCCCAGUGACACCCUCACCAAAGCCAUGCCCGAGGCGGCGGCGGCCUCCGACCUCGAGGUGUGCAUCGCACCCAGCCUGGUCUGCUUGUGCCCGGCCAUCUACAAGGCGGAGGAAUCGGGAGCCUCUGAUAUAGCAAUGAUGCUCCACGAGAAGUUGGGGGACCUUACUCCCACCUCGGGCGUGACCCACGUCCUCCUUUGCGACCACGGCUCCCCAGCGCCGCGCGUGGCCGCGGCGCGGGAGGCUGUGCGUUCGGAGCUGGAGGGGGGUGAGUGCCCAGCACUGGAAACUCCGCCAGCGGUCAACGUGUUGAUUGCGCUUUAA